UAAAUUAUAUCACAAUUAUUUUCAUCUAAUUGGAAAGUAAAAGCUAAUCAAUUGAUUCCAAUAGGACCCUGUUUUGUGCUUCAAUCAUGUUGGUGUUGAGCUUUAUCCUAACAGCUUUCAUUUUAAUUACAAGUGAUGCUUAUGAACCAGAUCGUGUAAUCAAUUUACCAGGUUUUGGUGAGAAAAUUAAAUUUGGUACCUUUUCUGGUUAUCUCGAUGCAAGUCCAGGAACCCAUUUACACUACAUUUUUGUUGAGAGUGAAAAUGAUCCAGCCAAUGAUCCAGUACUUCUUUGGCUCAACGGUGGACCUGGUUGCAGUUCAUUGUUAGGAUUUUUCACUGAACAAGGACCAUUCCGAGUCAAUGGAAGUCAAUUGACUGUGAAUCCAUACGCUUGGAACAAAGUUGCCAACAUAAUCUUCUUGGAGUCACCUGCUGGUGUUGGCUACUCAUAUUCAGAUGACCAAGUUUACAUUCAUAAUGAUGACAAAACAUCGGCCAACAAUUUACUUGCAAUCAAAUCAUGGUUUGAUAAAUUUCCUCAGUACAAGGAUAACGAUUUUUACUUGAGUGGUGAAUCUUAUGCUGGUGUUUACAUUCCAACUCUAUCAGUUCGUCUUCUUGAUGAGCCAACAAUAAACUACAAAGGAUUUGCCAUUGGUAAUGGUUAUCUGGAUCAAACCUUACUCGGUAAUUCCGUCAUUAGAUUUGCUUAUCAUCACGGUCUGAUUGAAUCAUCAAUGUGGUCCAAAAUUAUUUCCUCAUGUUGUAAGAACGGAGAUGAAUCGCCAGCCAAUUGUGACUUUGUCAACAACAAUGCUACUGCCUGUCAAGAUGCUGUAUCUGAAGCCAAUAAUUUUGUUAACGAAGCUGGAAUCAAUCCGUAUGCCAUCUACGAAGAUUGUGCUUCCCCAGCAAGUUCAUUUGAAGCAAGCAUUUACAAAGCUUAUCGACACAAGAGCAAUCGGCAAAAGGUUGGUUGGUCUUUGAUUGCAAACUCAUUCAAGUCAAACAGUCGACUUGGACGCAAAAUUAGAAAAGAUAAUGGCCAAACUAUUCCCUGUGUUGAUGAUACCAUUUUAAUCAAUUACUUGGGUCGAGCUGAUGUACGAAAGGCUCUCAAUAUUCCUCCAGCAGCACCUGAAUGGACUGAUUGUUCAAAUGUCGUCUCAAUGUUUUAUACCAACCAAUACAAAACCUUGAAAGAUCAAGUUACUAAAUCAAUCAAUGCUGGUAAACGAGGUUUAAUAUACAAUGGCGACACCGAUAUGGUUUGCGACUUUUUGGGUGAUGAAUGGUUUUCAGAUUCCCUUGGUUUCCAACAAAUUGGUAAAUAUGCAGCUUGGAAGGUUAACGGACAAGUUGCUGGUUUUGUUAAACACUACCGAGGCUUUGCCUUUGCAACCGUCAGAGGUUCAGGUCACACUGUUCCCGAAUACCGACCAGCAGCUGCUUUAGCCAUGAUUACCAAGUUUUUAAGCAAUACUAAAUUCGCAUAAAUGUGAAACAUCUGUAAGCAAUCAAAUCUUGUGAGUUAAAAUAAAUAUUAAAUGCAAGUCGAAAUUUCUCCAACAAGUUUGAUUUAUUUUUGCAACAGAGCACUUCAAUCUUUUGUGAACACAUGACGAACGAAAAAAAACUUCAAAGUUGAAUAAUCAUGUGCUUCCUCCUCACACGAUACUUUGAAUAGUCCUUUUUCAUUUGUCCUGUUUCUCCAACAUGAUUUUCUCAGUAAUUAUUAAUAAACAACAAUUCCCAGAAA